AUGUUCACACAGAAAGUUCCAAUGAAGGAUUUUCAUGCUGAGAUUCGAGCUUUCCGAGAUGUUGAAGAUUUCUUAAACAGGACCUUGCUCAUCCUUGAUCUCCCCACCACCGGGCUCACUCAGAUUGUGGACACCAUGCUCAACAAACUCCAUAGUGUCAAAGAGAUUGGAAUGACCUUCACCUUGGAAGAGGCCAGGCUUGCCAUUUUCACCCAGAAUUCUGUUCAUCUACUCAGUCGAACCAUUCAGGGCACAACUUUUAGUGAGGAGUGUGGCUUCCAAAUUGACCAAUCCUGGAUCUGUAUUUUAUGUGAGCUACCUAACCUAACCAGACGCCAUGUUGUGAUAUCCCGCCUACACCACCCAGCCAACCUGGGACCAACCAGUCAGGAGAUUCAAUUUGUCAUCCUGGUCAUGACUCCAACGAAAGAGAAAAGUACAAAGACAGCCUUGGAGACUGGACAGACAUUCUCAACCCUGUUUCUGGAUAUGGACUUCCGACACCAGCUCUUAGAGGCCUCCACAGAUACCGAAUUCAAACAGUUACUGCAGAAAAAAACCAAGCUGCUGAUAGAGCAUCAAGGCCUGCCAGAGAAUCGCAAGUCUCACCUUGUUCUUAACUCCACUCCAUUUGAUGAUGACGAUGAUGAGAACACCCGAAGAUGUAAUAUAGGUCAUGGCUUAUACAGCGAUUUAAAACGCCGCCUACCUCACUACCUAUCUGACUACAAAGAUGGUAUAAUUGGCCACAAGACCCCCCACAAAGUUCUAUCCACAGUGUUCUUCCUGUAUUUCGCCUGUGUCCUUCCCAACAUCGCAUUUGGUAUGCUGAACAACAACAACACUCAUGGAGCCAUAGAUAUGCAGAAGAUUCUAUUUUCUCAGUGUUUUGGAGGAGUACUCUUCAGUGUGUUUGGCGGCCAACCCCUCAUUGUCCUUCUCACUACUGCUCCAUUAGCACUCUACACCAAAUUGAUCUACAAUGUAUGUGAGGAUUUUGAUCUAGAUUUCUACGCCAUGUUUGCUUGUGUGGGAUUGUGGAACGCUUUCUUCCUCUUCAUCUAUGUGUUCCUCAACCUCAGCAAGCUGAUGAAGUAUUCCUCAAGAUCAACAGAAGAGAUUUUUUCCAUUUUCAUCACUUUUGCCUUUUCUGCGGAUGCCAUUAAAGACACCUUAAAAGAUUUUAACAAAAAUUACCACACUCCCGCAUGUGAGGGAGAUACACAACCUGCCGUCCAAUCAGGUGCCACUUCUAACAGUAGUGUUGCUAACCUGUCUAACACCCUGACUACUUUAGUCACUGUUGCUACUAACGACAGCGCCGUGCCGACCCAUGUGUCGGGUGUCGCGGAGUGUCUGAGAGAGAACAGUAUACUGUUCCUCUUACUAAUGCUUGGCACAGUGUGGACUGGACUCACACUGUACAACUUCACAAAAACGCCGUUCCUAAAUGCAGGUAAACGUGAGAUUUUAGCGGACUAUGCACUUCCUGUUGCUGUCAUUGUCAUGUCCAUUUUUGGAUCCAUUGUCUUCAAGGAUAUUAAAUUAAAACCAUUUGAAUAUACGCCAGCUGAGAAUCUGUUUAGGGUAGCCCCUAUCCACACACUACCAGCAUCAGCUGUAUUUGCAGCAGCAGGACUUGGAUUUAGUCUCUCCCUCCUGUUCUUCAUGGACCAAAACAUAUCCAGCGCCCUCGUCAACACACCUUCAAACAAGCUUAAAAAGGGAGCAGCUUAUCACUGGGAUCUGUUUGUUGUGGCUGUCAUCAAUGCUGUACUGUCUAUCUUCACGUUACCAUGGAUACAUGCUGCCCUGCCCCACUCUCCCCUCCAUGUUAAAGCUCUCGCUGACCUUGAGGACAGGAUAGAACAAGGUCACGUCCAUCAGGUAGUCGUCCAUGUGCGGGAGACAAGGCUGACAGGGAUAAUCUCACACGUGUUGAUUGGCCUUUCUAUGUUCCUGCUGCCCUACCCAAUGGCCUAUAUCCCCCGCCCAGUCCUGGAUGGACUCUUCCUCUACGUCGCCAUCACCGCCCUCUACGGAAAUCAGAUGUUUGAUCGCAUUCUACUUCUCUUUACAGAACAGUCUGCCUACCCACCUAACCACUACGUACGCCGUGUGCCCCAGAGGAAGGUCCAUUUAUUCACCGCCAUACAGCUGGCACAGCUCUUCAUCCUCUGUAUUUUCGGCUUCUCACCGAUUCCCUACAUGAAGAUGGUCUUCCCAAUCCUCCUCAUGGUGCUCAUGCCAAUCAGACACAAACUGGUACCAAAAUUCAUUGAACACAAAUACCUGAAGGCCUUGGAUGGACACUGAGUAGACCCAACACUUAUGAACAGAAACUUUGGAUCGUGACUUUCAUUUGCACGAGUAACCCAGAAAGCUGCUAUAUUUUGACCUUGAGUGUCACAUUACUAAACUUAGAAAUUGUCUCAAGUUGACCUCAGUUUGACUUUUGAUGUCACCACAGCUGCUGGGGAGGAUGACACCGUGUCAUUAGAGAGAAUGAUGAGGAGGUCUCAGUGAAAUGAUAAAUGAAGUGAUGACUGUAAAUGGUGCCAAAUUUGUAAAUAUAGGUCAUUACAGGUAAAAAUAUACUACAGCAUGUUCAUCUACAUAACAUUGUUUAAUCGGGAAAGGUCAACCUACAAAUCAAAUUUUAUAAAUAUUGAAAUAACUGUUAUUUCAACACAGGUAUUUUUUUUUUUAUGUUGUGCAAAAUCAAAAAUCAUGAAGUCCUUUGUAGAAGGAAUCUUGGUAUCCGGAGUGUCACAAUCAUGUGAAAGGUGACACAUGUUUACUUAAAAGGUGAAAGGUGACAUGCUUGUAUGGUUAAAAUCAAUCUCCUGUAUGGUAAAGGUGACUCACCUGUAUGGUAAAGGUGACACCUGUUUGGUUAAGGUAAUUCGCCUGUAUGGUAAAGGUGACACCUGUAUGGUAAAGGUGACUCAUCUGUAUGGUAAAGGUGGCUCAUCUGUAUGGUAAAGGUGGCUCAUCUGUAUGGUAAAGGUGGCUCGCCUGAUGAUAAAAGUGAUUUAUUUGUUUGGUAAAGGUGACUCGCCUGUAUGGUAGAAGCGACACCUGUUUGGUAAAGGCGACUUGCCUGUAUGGUAGAAGUGACACCUGUAUGGUAAAGGUGGCUCACCUGUAUGGUAGAAGCGACACCUGUAUGGUAGAAGCGACACCUGUAUGGUAAAGGCGACUUGCCUGUAUGGUAAAGGUGACUCACCUGUAUGGUAGUGGUAUAACACUUAUGUGAACCUGUGUGAUGUUACACCUGUAUAUAAAGGUGACAUUCUGUACCUGUAUCCCCAAUGAUAACAUGUUACCUGUACAGUGACACACCUGUAGUAUGUUCUCACCUGUACCUGGGUAUAACUAUGGUACACUAGACAACGAGUCCCCCGAUGGGGACACCUCUACACCACAUGGUACUACACGGUAAUACCAACUACACUGUACUAUAUGCACACUGAUAUAUACGCUUGGAGAUGCACACCAUUUUGUAUGUAAAAGUUGUUGACAACAUCUGUAAAUAUAUGCAUCUAUAUAUCAUUUUAUCAAAACAAAAACUGUAUUAUAGAAUUAUAAUGGUUAUGCUAAAAUCCAGAAAAUGGACUCUGAGAGUACAAAUUGUACUGGAAAAUAGAUUCCGAGAGUACAAAUUGUCACAGAAAAUAGAUUCUGAGAGUACAAAUUGUCCUAGAAAAUAGAUUCUGAGAGUAGAAAUUGUACUGGAAAAUAGAUUCUGACAGUACAAAUUGUACUGGAAAAUAGAUUCUGACAGUACAAAUUGUACUGGAAAAUAGAUUCUGACAGUACAAAUUGUACUGGAAAAUAGAUUCUGAGAGUACAAAUUGUCCUAGAAAAUAGUUUCCUUGUGAGAGUACAAAUUGUACUGGAAAAUAGAUUCUGACAGUACAAAUUGUACUGGAAAAUAGAUUCUGAGAGUACAAAUUGUACUGGAAAAUAGAUUCUGACAGUACAAAUUGUACUGGAAAAUAGAUUCUGAGAGAACAAAUUGUCCUAGAAAAUAGAUUCGGAGAGUACAAAUUGUACUGGAAUAUAGAUUCUGACAGUACAAAUUGUACUGGAAAAUGGAUUUGUACUACAGAUUGUCCUAGAAAAUGGAUUCAGAGAGUACGAAUCGUCCCAUUUAAGUGAAAUAUAUAAGUUUGUAAAUAUUCCGGGGAAUAACUUAGUGCAUUUUUUUUUCACCAUAUAGUUGUGUACAAUGAAUCAACCAAUUAAAGUUGAAACUGUAUAUAAAUGAUGUUUCCCCAUUUGGCAUCUUCACUAGCAAAGGGUUCAUAUCGUAUACACUAAAUUCACCGAGUGAACCCUUGGCUAGCGAAGAUGGAUUUGGGUGACAUAUAAAACAGGCCUAUAGAUAUAUCUAGUGAUUUAUAUACUAUGUAAUAAUGCAAUUACCACAAGAUUUUAUUAUGUAACUGUUUUCUGAAAGUUUGUCACAGUUGGAUUUGUGUGUACUGGGUAAGACAUUCCAGUCUGUACAUAUUGGAUUCCGUCAUCAGGUAAAAUUCUUGUACUGGAAAUGCACUAAAUGAUUGUUCCUGACAAAACUAGUUGUGGAGCAUUGUAGACACUAGCUGUUUUCUACAUUUGUUAUACUUGCUUUAUGUAUGUUUUCAACUAGAUGUAUUUUAAGUUUUACUGAAAGUUGUUAAAAAGCAGUCUAAUGCACUAAUUGCCAUGCAAAAUAUGUUAUUAAGAGUCAAAUGGUUGAAAUUAAAGUUAUUACUGACAGAGCCUAUGUUGCUUUUCCCAAUAUGGUGGCGCUAUUUUCCAGAAUACAAUUUUGUCAACAGAUUUCAUAACCCGUCACUUCUGUUUACUAGAUCACUGCUGUCUCAAUAUCUUCCAUAGCAUUUAACUAUCCCCCCCCCCCCCCCCCCCCCCCACUUACACCUUAUGCUGUUUUCCCAAUAAAAACUUUGUAGUGCUUCCACCAUUUUUACAGCAAAACUGUAUUGUGCUGCCAUCAUUUGUCCAUUAAAACCUUGUAAUACUGCCACCAUUUGUCCACUAAACAUUGUUAUACUGCCACCAUUUGUACAGUAAAACCUUGUUAUACUGCCACCAUUUGUACAGUAAAACCUUGUUAUACUGCCACCAUUUGUACAGUAAAACCUUGUUAUACUGCCACUUUUUGUACAUUGAGAACUUACUAACAUUGUUUAGGAAUUGAUGAAACAAGUACAUGUAUGUAUACCAACAAAGAGACUUUAACAGAAAUAAAGUCGAGGAAGCCAUGGCAUAUUGUAAGAGAGGUUAUAAAUACAAUUAGCGGCAGUGUAAUCAGGUUUUCGAUGUGUAUCUUUAUUUUUGGUAGCUUUUUAUUGUAAAACCAUACUACAGCUAUUGUGCCAUGUUAAAUAACCUAUAUUGUGCCAAACAGCAUGUUUGCCAUAGAUAAGGAUUACAUUGUAUAUUGGAAAAUCAAGUCAUUUUCCGAUUGUGCUAAAAUAGAGUAUUGUAAUGACUAUUUUUUUAGUAUUAAGAUAUAGAAAGAUAUAGACUGAAGGUUUAUAAGUUUAUAUAUAUUCCUAUAACGUAUAAGGCUAUAUUUAUAUACCAUAUAAAUCAUAACAGCUCUGUGAUAUACUGCUUUAAAAUAAACAAAAAUAACAGAUAUAUUAGAAGACGGCCAAAGAUAAAUGAUAUUUGCAGGACACGUUAUAACAUAUGGUUAUAAUUGAAUUUCGCCCACCAAAACAACACCAGCUUUAAAGUUUGACCAAAAUGACCUGUCACAUUCAUUUCCAAUGCCAUGAUGAUUACCAUACUUAUCUAAGCCCCGAUGGUAAAAGUUUAAUAUUCAAGUUUGGGGAGAGCUUAUUUGUGAACUACUUUUAGCAUACUAUUUUAAGAUUAAUGAUUCUGCAAAAAUAAAGUAGGGACUUAUUUUGUGGUUGAAGCACAUUAGUACAUUAGUACAUUAAAAUCAAUUUUCAAAAAUCAAAACCUCAAAGAAUUGAUACAUAUACAGAUAUACACCCCAUGAGGGACCCAGUUAUCCCCAUAACCAGGCCUAGUGAUACAUAUAUACGCCAUUCAUCGAACCAAUGAACAGGUGAGCAUAACUAUAAAUGUAGUUUGCCUGAUGUAAAUAUUGUAAAUUUCUUAAUUUUGAAGUUCAAGCUGACAGGUCAUUUAGGGAUGACCAUACAUUUGCCAAUUGCUUUUAAUUUAUUGACAACUUAACAUUCACCAAUUUUUAAUCCAAGAUAAAUAGUUUUAGGUUCAGUUACAUACAAUGCAAAAAAGUAGGGAUGCCAACCAUAUUGGGAUCAUAAUAAAAUUCACAAAUGCUGCAUACAACAUGUUCAAGAAUUUUAGGGAUUUAUUGUGACACUUGCCAAAAGACAGAUCCUGUUUAAGUAGUUAUGUGACAAGAUUAUUUUUGUAUCAAGAUUAUAUAAUAUAUUUGAUAUAUCUUUCUACAGAUAUGCUUGAUGUAAAAUAAAAUACCACUUUUUAUACACAGAUAAUACAUAUAGUUAUUUAUACCAAAGAAACAGUAAGUAGAAACUUUAUUGAUGUAAGUACAAAAAUGUAUAUCAACAAUUGUAUAUUUUACAUUUACCCUGGUAAGAUACGUAGUUGCUUCCUUCCCAGGUGGCAAGGAAGAAUUUCUCUUAAUGUGCUCAUCCUGUAGAGCAUGCCUGAUGUAGAAUAAAAUAUUACUUUUUACAAAAAGAUAAUAGCUAUUUCUACCAAAGAAACAAAUUGUAGAAACUUUAAAUGCCAUCGAUAUAAGUAUCAAUAAAUGUUUAUUAUUAUAUUUUGGUUGCCCUGGGAAGAGACACUUCCUAUAUGACUCAGCAACAGAGACUUUCUCUUGAGCUUAUUCGAUAGAGUACUAGACCAGUAAGGUUAGGGGUCACUGGUUCGAUUCGCUGUGGAGGCAUAAAAAUGUCCUCUGGUGCCGAUAUAAUGAUGAGCGCCAAGAUCUUUAACAAUAUUUCCCAGGUCCUUAUGCCGAUAUAGAGGCCUUGGAAAUAUUGACAAGGUACAAAGCUUUCACACUUUGGUUGUUAAUAUUUCUUUUUAAAGACAUUACACUGGAAAUAAACUUGAAAAAGAUGACUUAUUGGUGUAGAGUUGUUACAAUAAGUCAGGUAUCACUUUGGCUUGUUGAAUAUGGUAAUCAACAAUUAGAAUAAGUGUGUGUUAAUAAUGUAUCUUAAGUUAAUGUCUUGUGACCAUGCCUCCAAGUCUGUAGUGAUUAUGUUUCUGAGUAUUUCUGCUGCCUGCCUCCCAAUUAAAAUACAAAAAAAUAUUUUUACGUUUUUAAAUGCUUGACUGGGAUCAAUAAAUCAUCAAAUCUCGGCCCAUUAUCCAGUGGUGAUGGUUACUCUUUACCAAUCAUUUAGAUCUUGAUAAAACAGACAUUCCACUCCAUCUCGGACCCCUCCCCACUGUAUGGGGAAUAUCAGCAUUAAACUUGUUCUGUAAACUCCCUAGCUCCACACCUGUUGGAACUCAUACUGUUUGUUGACAUAUCCUAUUUUUGUUGCAGAGUAUACUUGUUUGUUUAUUGGGUGUAAGUCUGCACAAUAUCAUUACCAGCACACAAGUCUGUGAUUUUUUUUGUUGGUUAGAUUUUGUUAAUGUUCUUAACCAAUAAAAUUAUUUUCUGAAAGCA